AUGGAAUGUGCUGGUCGCGCACUUGCAUUUUGGGCAUAUCAAAGCACACAAGAGAUCUUCUACCAGGAGUACCGAGCGAAGACUCUUACGGAGAAGUACGCCAACCUGAACACACAGAUGGACAAGAUCAUCCACAAUGCCAACACGGAAAUCCUGUCACUGCAGAACAAGCUGUCCGACAUGCAAUCAUCCCAAGAAGACCUCCAAAAGAAAAACCAAGAACUGAAUGAUAUGUACCGUGAUAAGAACAACAAACUCGCUCAAAUGACCAAUCUCUACAACCUCCUCAAGGCUCGUGCCAUGAAGUCUCGAAUGGAGACCGCAGCCUCGGACACAGUCUCCCAGGCUCUGUCAUCGCUCAAUGCUCCUCCUACAGUCUCUAUGCCUCUAUCUAAUACCUCAUCAUUGCCUCCCGCCCCAGUUACACGGCACCCCAAGACUCCCACAUUUCCCGUCAACCAAGAUGGGGUCGAGCAGCUUCAUCGGUACCAACGGAGCGGCACUGGUAGUUCCAAAAGGGCAAGGACGAAGACACCCCGGAAAGCCCCAAUGCCGCCCCCUGAUCGGCCGAACUGGGAUGGGCCAAAUAGCAAAGGUCCAGAUCCCGCCCCUCAACAUCGUACUCGACUUCCACGCAUUUCUCGGACUCCGACUGUCUCAUCUGAGCUUCCUCCUGGUGGUGCUAUUACGCAGCGAUUUGGGCGUUGA